AUGACAAGCAUUAAGCCCCCAUGCCAUCUGCAUAAUUAUGCGCGCAGUGCAGAUCCAGAGAAUCCGGGGAAUCAUGCCAAUGUCCUCAUGCUUCAUGGUCAUGGCCAGUCGAUGGACAUCUUCUACCACAAAACCCACUUCCUACAAGACGCCCUCAAUGUGGGCGGGUCUCCGGCCAGCCAGCCUCUCCCCAAUCUCCGCCUAUACUACAGCGAAGCACCCUUUGAUGUGAACAUUCCGGGGCUGGGCUCUAAAGUCUGGGGUUAUGGCCUGUUUGACACCCAACGUAUCGGGGGCCUGGAGCGGAGUGUGGGACGUGUGCUACAGCAGUUGGAGCAGCUGAAUCCGGUCGUGGGGAUCGUCGGCUUUUCGACGGGGGCAACCCUGGCGAUGAUCAUAGCGUCAUUGCUGGAGAAAAAGGAUCGGUGUCGGCUGUUUGGUGUCCAUACCACUCACCCACCGCUCAAGUUCGUCGUCGCCUACAGUGGCUUCAUGCUCGGCCAUCCAAUGUAUAGAGAACUGUACUCUCCUGCCAUUUGUACCCCCGUUCUGCUUUACAUUGGUGAACUCGACACCAUGAUCCCACCCAACGCCACAUACCGUCUGGCUAAGCGCUGCAGCCAGGCUGAGAUCCGGACUUUCUGGGGGACCCACUUCGUUCCCAGGCACGUAAAAACCACUCGGGUGGCAAUAAAUUUUGUUUGUCGAUGUGUGAACGGCGAGAUCCACGCGGAGAACGCCGAUGAGGCCCAGGCUGAAGACGGAUGGAUUGACGCGUAA